CAGAGAUCGACGUCCGUCGUGUGUACUGCUCAUCUCCAGACAGCUGCUGCUCCCACCCACAUAUAUAAGACGCGUCUGUCAGUCAACUUCUCAACCUCGUGUCCUUCCGCGCCGCUUCCCUGUUAUGCUCCCCACAACACGCGUCAUCGUCAGCUCGAACGGCGAGCAGUACUGUGUCGUCGAGGUCACCGGCGCCCGCAGCGGUGCGUCCAUCCGGGAACGCAUUUUCUCCAAACUGUCAAUACCGGACGACCGGCAGCCGUAUUUCUCGGUGUACCAGUCGGAGGUCGGCGCGUUCGCGCUCGGGGGCGCGCUGACGGACACGCGGCUGUUCCAGCUGUGCCAGGAGUACGGCGAUCUGUCCGGCUCGCUCAAGUUCUUCGUGUCGACUGCGCCGGACCGCCCGCCGCCGCCGCAGUACGACAAUUUCACGCACAGUGGCCCGGUGCACUAUCGGCCACCCCUGUAUAAUGGAACUCGAUUUUAGAUGGCGCGCUCCCCCUCGUGUAGUGGUGUAAUUGUUGCGAAUCAAUCAGGCGACCCGAUCGGCGAUUAUCCGUGGCCUUGACGAGUCUGAACUCGACAACAAGUGAUUGGCGGGGAACUGGCCAUUCCUAGGCCGGACACUCCAAGUCCGGAGCGCAGAAUGCCGAGAUCCCCAGAGACCGGGGUUGCAGCAGACAGUUCUUCAACACGCCAUGAGUACAGCCCCCGGGGAGAUCCAAAACGGAAAGUCCGGGGCUGACUGACAUGACUCAACUGUGCCUUGAAUGAAUCGCCGUCGAGGCCGGUGCGAUGACGAGACGGGCCCAUUCAGGCGGCUUCU